AUGAGAGAGAAAAAUUUAAAUUUUAGAAGUGAAUCAAUUUUUUCCGGGAACCGCAGUUUUUUUGAUAUCCUGGAAAAUGUAGAUGAUGAGAAAGAGGCUAAGAGAAGUGCACAUUUUUUUAAUAGUAAUAAAAACAUUCUUUUGAAUUUAUUUAAAGGUACGAAUCAAAAUAAUAAUGUAAAUAAUAUAUUAUUAGAAAAGAAACGUAUAGUUUCUAAUGCUAGAAAUAAUAAAUGUGUUAAUAAAGAAUGUAAAAAUAAUGAAUUAUGUAAAAUAGAAUUAAAAGAUGAAUUUAAGAAGAAUGACGAAAUUAUUAUUAAGAAUGAAUGCAAUUGUUCCAAAAAAAAUGACUGGAUAAAAAAUUUCUGUUGGUUUUGUUCUUUACAUAUAUUAGAUGAAAUAUUAGAAAAACAAAUAUAUAAAGAAAAAAUUCAUGAGCAUGUAUAUGAUUUAAUUUAUGAUGAGGAUACUUAUUUCGAUACAAGUUCUAUGAUGAGUAUUCCAUAUGAAUUUGCUCGAUUUAUGAUUACACAAUUAGAUUACAGCACAUUACAUGAAAUAAAACUAAAUAAUAUAAUUAAGGAAGAAAAAUAUUUAUUUAAGAAAUAUAGUAAAAAAAGUGCACAGAAUAAAAAAAAAAAAAACCAUGAAUAUAAAGAGGAAGAAAUAUAUAAAUCUGAUGAAUCCAAUAGUACUUGUAGCUUAAUAAGUGAUGAUACUACUUUAAAUAUAAAUAUGAAGAAUACAAAUUUGGAUUAUAGUAAUUAUUUAAACAUGCGUAGAGAAUUAUAUAAUAACAACAUUAAUAUUAAUAGUAGUAGUAGUAAUUAUAAUAAUAAUAAGGUGAAGGAUACUUCUGUUAAUAUAAGACAAACAAAAGGAAGAAAGAAAACAUUCUACGAUAGUAACAAUGUGGGGAAUUCUGGAAGCACAGAUUUGUUUAAUUUUAAAAAGGUUUUGUCAUCAUCCGAAAGUAUAUUAAAUAAAAAUGAUCAAUAUUAUAUAGAUGAAAAUAAGAAGGAUUGUAACAACAUAGAUAAUAAUAUUAAUUCUCAUAAGAAUUAUAGUAAUAAUAACAAAUAUAAUGAAGAAUUAUAUCUAGGAAAAUAUAUUACAAAUAAGGAGUUACCAGAUGAUACAAAUAAAAUAAAUAAUCAAGUUCAUGAUAUAUUAAGUGAAAAUGUAAAAUAUGAAGAAAAGAGCAAGACUCCUUUUUUUAAUAGGAGAAGAAAUAAUAGUACCUUAGGAACAUAUCAUAGACAAUAUAACAAAAGUAGUAGUCAUAGUAGUUUUAGUUGUAUUGCUUAUUGGAAAUCGAAAAGAUUAAGUGAUUCAAUAAUACAUUCAAAAUAUUUUAAUGGCGUUAAGAAGAAUAAUGAAAUAAAACAAAAACAUAAAAAUGAUAAAAUAAAUGAUAAAAUAAAUGAUAAAGAAAAUAUAAAUGAAAAUCCUUUAAAUGAUAAUGUGUAUAAAAAUUAUCACCAUUUUGAUCAACAUAUACUUAACUACAAUAUAUAUAACACAUCAAAUGAUCACAAGAAAAAUAAAGCUGUUCCAUCCCAUAUUAUAAAUCGUUUUAGAAGUGAACGUUAUUCUGAAAAUUCUACAAUGAAAUAUGAAGGAAAAAAUUAUUAUCAAUCCUUCAUGUCGCAAAGUGCUUUAAAAAGAUGUAGAUCGUACACAAUAUUAUUAAGAGAAAAGAAAGAAAAGAAAAAGAAUAGGAGAAUGAAAACAUGUUUGAAUGAUGAAGAAGUGAAAACAUGUUUGAAUGAUGAAGAAGUGAAAACCUGUUUGAAUGAUGAAGAAGUGAAAACACGUUUAAAUGAUGAAGAAGUGAAAACACGUUUAAAUGAUGAAGAAGUGAAAACACGUUUAAAUGAUGAAGAAAUGAAAACAUGUUUGAAUGAUGAAGAAAUGAAAAUAUAUUUAAAUGAGGAAGAAAUAGAUAAUGAUAAGAAUAAUGAUAUUUUGUUUCAUAAUAAAUAUAAAGAGGAAUAUAUUUCUAAAGACAGAAUAUAUAAUAAAUAUAAAAACAAUUUAAAUCAUAUAAAAGAAUUUUAUUAUCUUAAUGAAACUGACAAGAAACCUUUUCCAAUAUGUCUAUAUAAUAAUAUCAAAUCUUUUGAAAAUAUAAAACAAUGUUAUCGUUGUUGUUGUUUUUUUAAUACAAAAUGUUGUCACUGUAUUGAAUGUAAAGAAAAAUAUCAUAUGAAACUUAAGAAUCCACAUUAUUUUAUUUUCCAACAUGGUUUAACAGCAAGUGUUCAUGAUUUUCAAAACAUUUUUAAUUCUUUGUUAACGAAAUAUCCUCAUGUUUUUGUAUAUGUUACUUAUAGUAAUCAAGGACACACCUUCGAAGGUGUAGAUGUAGGAACAGAAAGAAUAUGUACCGAACUAAAUUGUUUAUUUAAAAUAAUUAAUGAUAAAAUAAAUAUUUCUAUGAUUGGUCAUUCAUUAGGAGGUAUAUUAAACCGAUCUGUUUUAUUAAAUUUAAAUAGAAAGAAAAUAUUUAAAAAUAAAAAAUUAAUAAAUUUUAUUACAUUUGCAUGCCCACAUAUAGGGGUACAUGAAAAUAUGGCCAUUAUGAAAGUAUUAUCAACUUAUCUAGGUGCUCAUACUAUUGAUGAUUUAAAUAAUAAAACAACAUUAUUAUUAAAAAUUGCUAGUGUCGAAAGUAUAAAUAUCCUCAAGAAAUUUGAGAAUAUUAUAUUCUAUGGAAAUACACAAUCAGAUUGGUUAGUAGGUAUAAGAACAUCUUUAAUAUUACCAUAUACUUUAUUUAAUGAGGAAUUAAUUUUAUUUAUUAUAGAGCAGGCAAAAAAUGUACCGGAAAUACCUAUAAACAUAUUUUCUGUUGUUCAUUUGUAUAUGAGAAAAAAGAAAUUACUAUUUUUCUAUUUCUAUCAAGAUCUAAAAAAUCCUAAUUAUUUAUUGAAUAAAAGAAAGGAGCAGAGUAAAUUUCUGGACCAGAUGUUACAAACCAUAAUAUCGUCUCGUAAAUUAUUGUCUUCUACAAACACAAAGAAGUUUAAUUUGUUUACAAAUUAUUAUACCAGUGUUGGUUUGGAUAAGCUUAAGGGCCUACACGAUGAAUUAAAUAAAAAUAUACAUAAUGCUAGUAAUGUUUAUUCCGAUGGUUCUAAUCAGGUUGUGGAGAAUAAAGAUGAAAAGGAUGAGGAACAAAAAUGUGAUUAUUCGAAUGUUGGAAAUAAUAAUCAAAUGGAUAAUACAAAUGGUUUACUGGUGCAUUUAAAUAAUAAGGAUGAUACAAAUAAUAAUAGGAAUAUUACAAAUAAUCAUGAUGAUCACAAUGGUAGUAAUAAUAAUAUAGUUCAAUCCGUUAUUAUAUACGAUAAAAAUAAGUAUGAGUAUAAUAACAAUUAUUUAUUAUAUACUCCUUCAUAUGUAAAGAAAAAGAAUAUAGAAAAUAAUGUAAAUUUUAAGGGACAUAUAUUUCCUCAGGAUAUAAAUACUCAGAUGAUGCCCAUCCAUUUCAGAAAAAAUGUAACAAGUACAAAAAAACAAGGUAAAAGUAAAAAUAUUGAUAAAAAUGAGAGUAAUGUUAUACAUGAUAAAGAGUUUGUUAAAUAUGUCAAUGGAUUUAAUGGAAAUAAAAAAGAUAUUAAUAAUAAAUAUGAAGAGGGGUCUUAUUAUAAAUCACAAACAUAUCAUGAUAUGUUUAUUGAAAAAAAAAUGAAAGAAAAUAAAAAUAUGUCCACUUUGAUAUGUAGGUCGAAUAUGAAUAAUACAGAUAAUAUAGAUAAUAAAAUGGAAUAUAUAAAAAAUGAUGCAAGAGAAAAUAUUAAAGAAAAAGAGCAUAUGCAUCAUAACAUUAUAGAUGUAUGUCAUAGUAACAAUACUCAUUUAUGUAAUAUACCAAAUUAUGAUGAACCAGUAUUAUAUAAAAACACAGAUAAAACUAAAAGCUUUGAAUGUAUUUAUAUGGAUAAAUAUGAGAAAGAACAUGUAAUAAAAGAGAAUAAAAAGAUGAUUGCUAAUAAUGAUAAUUAUACAUGUUCAGUAUAUCAAAAUAGUAAUUGUUCAAAUAAAAAUUCUUUUAAUAAUAAGGAUCAUAUAUAUAAUAAUACUAUGAAUAAUGACAAGGAUACAUAUAAAUAUGGAACUCUAAAUUCUAACAGUGACCAUAAAAUGAAUAUAUGUGAUGAAAAAAUAAAGAAGAAUAAAAAUAUGAUAAAUGAUAUAAAUAUACAAAACAUUACAGAUAAACAUGUUAUAAAUAAAAAUAUUAUAAAUUAUAAAAUCAAUGAAAAUAAAACUGAAAACAACAUCCCACUCGUUAAUAAUAAAAAUAAAAUACUUGUCAAUAAUAAUAUACAUACGUAUAAUAAUAUUCAUAUGACAAAUAUAAAUGCGCUUCAUGAAAAAAAAACCAAAUUUGGUGAGUAUAAAUAUUUUGAGAAAUUAUUUUUUGAUUGUCUAAAAAGUAAAAUAAUUAAUGAAAUCAAAACUUUAGAUAACAAUUUAAAAAAAAAAAAAAAAAAAAAAAAAAUUGAAACAAAUAAAUUGUUCUCCAUACAAAAUACAAUUAACAUAAUCAAAAAUUAUAGUUUCUUAUAUCCUUCUAAAAAUAACAACAAUGAGCAAAAAAAAAAAAAAAAUUCACAAAGUAGUACAGAAUCAAGUGGUACUACAAAUAAUAAUAUAGAUAGUAAAAAUGACAUUCAUAUGAAUAAAAAAUUGGAGGAUACGAGUCAUGUUAUGCCAAAUUAUAGUGUGGGUGAAAAAAAUUCAUGGGGAAAGGAAAAAUUAAAAAAAUUAAUGGAUAUAUAUUUUAACGAAAAGGUAUUAAAGGAUACUAAUGUAAGUAAUAACAUGAAUGAAUGUAUAAGUAAUGGAAAUAUAAAACAAAUGGAUAAUCAACAAGAAAAAAUAAAUGAAAAAAUAAAUGAAAGUGAAAAUGUAAAUGAAAAUGUAAAUAUAAAUGAUAAUAUAAAUGAUAAUAUAAAUGAACAUGAACAAACCUAUAUACCAUUUGAUGAUGAUCAGAAUGAAGAAUAUGAUUAUAUUAGCGAAUUUUUUUAUUCCACUUCUGAAGAAAAUGAUAUGAACCCUAAUAACAAUUUAUCAUGUAAACAACAUGAAUUAAAGAAAGAUAAGAAUUAUAUUACUGAUGAAAAUAGUAAAUAUGUCGAAUUUAAAAGUAAUAAAAAAAAAGAAAAUAGGACAAGAGAUAAAUUAAAAAGAAAUGAUUUAUUAAAAGGUAUAACAAAAUAUGAUAAAAAACAAUAUAAACAAAUUUUAUAUUAUAUUUAUACCAUAUCAAGUGAUGAAUUAUUAGAAAAAUUUUUUAAAAAUCCAGAACUUUUAUAUUAUGAAGUAUUAUUUUAUUGCUUAAAUAGAUUACCGAUUCAAAGAUAUUCUAUAGCUAUACCUAUAUAUUCUAAUGCGCAUGUACAAAUUAUUGCACAUCCAAGAAUAUGUUCUGAAGAAUCUGCUAUAGUCAAACAUUUUGUUGAACAUUUAAUUCUUUAA